CCCAGCCCGGCCCGCGAGACCCCGGCCCGCGAGACCCCGGCCCGACCCCGCCGCCCGCACAAAAUGUCGGCCCGGACGCCAUUGCCGACGGUGAACGAGCGGGACACGGAGAACCACACGUCUGUGGAUGGACACCCGGAGCCGCACGUCCAGCCUCCCAAAUCCAGCAGCAGACAGAGCUUCCCUCGGUGCAGAAACUCCAUCACGGCAGCAACGGACGAGCAGCCACACAUUGGAAACUACCGUUUACAGAAAACAAUAGGGAAGGGGAACUUUGCCAAAGUGAAAUUGGCAAGACAUGUUCUAACUGGUAGAGAGGUUGCUGUGAAAAUAAUAGAUAAAACUCAGCUAAACCCUACCAGUCUACAAAAGCUGUUUCGAGAAGUACGAAUAAUGAAGAUAUUAAAUCAUCCUAACAUAGUAAAAUUGUUUGAAGUCAUUGAAACAGAGAAGACCCUGUAUUUAGUCAUGGAGUACGCAAGUGGGGGUGAAGUAUUUGAUUACUUAGUUGCCCAUGGAAGAAUGAAAGAAAAAGAGGCCCGUGCAAAAUUUAGGCAGAUUGUAUCUGCUGUGCAAUAUUGUCAUCAAAAAUGCAUUGUUCACCGCGAUCUUAAGGCUGAAAACCUUCUCCUUGAUGCUGAUAUGAAUAUUAAAAUUGCUGACUUUGGUUUUAGUAAUGAAUUUACAGUCGGGAACAAAUUGGACACGUUUUGCGGAAGCCCCCCCUACGCCGCCCCGGAGCUCUUCCAAGGGAAGAAGUACGACGGGCCCGAGGUGGACGUGUGGAGCCUCGGCGUCAUUCUCUACACGUUAGUCAGCGGCUCCCUGCCUUUCGAUGGCCAGAAUUUAAAGGAAUUGCGGGAGCGAGUCUUACGAGGGAAAUACCGCAUUCCCUUCUAUAUGUCCACCGACUGUGAAAAUCUUCUCAAGAAAUUAUUAGUGCUGAAUCCCAUUAAAAGAGGCAGCUUGGAACAAAUAAUGAAAGAUCGAUGGAUGAAUGUCGGUCACGAAGAGGAAGAACUAAAGCCCUAUAGUGAGCCUGAACCAGACUUCAAUGACACAAAAAGAAUAGAUGUCAUGGUGACCAUGGGUUUUGCACGAGAUGAGAUAAAUGACGCCUUAAUAAAUCAGAAAUAUGACGAAGUGAUGGCUACUUACAUUCUUCUAGGUAGAAAACCACCUGAAUUCGAAGGCGGUGAGUCAUUAUCCAGUGGAAACUUGAGUCAGAGGUCGCGGCCCAGUAGUGACUUAAACAACAGCACCCUGCAGUCCCCCGCUCACCUGAAGGUCCAGAGGAGCAUCUCGGCCAACCAGAAGCAGCGGCGUUUUAGUGAUCAUGCUGGUCCAUCCAUUCCCCCUGCCGUAUCCUAUACGAAGAGGCCUCAGGCCAACAGCGUGGAAAGUGACCAGAAGGAGGAGUGGGACAAAGACGUGGCCGUGCGUAAGCUUGGCAGUGCGACGGUCGGCUCGAAGAGCGAAAUGGCCGCCAGCCCUCUCGUGGGGCCGGAGAGGAAGAAGCCCUCCGCUGUUCCAAGUAACAACGUGUAUGCUGGAGGCAGCAUGGCAAGGAGGAAUACAUAUGUCUGCGAAAGGACCACAGACCGAUACACAGCCCUGCAGAACGGGAAAGACAGCAGCCUCACGGAGAUGUCGGCCAGUAGCAUAUCUUCUGCGGGCUCUGCUGUGGCCUCUGGCGUCCCCUCUGCGCGACCUCGCCACCAGAAGUCCAUGUCCGCUUCUGGUCACCCUAUCAAAGUCACACUGCCAACCAUUAAAGACGGCUCUGAAGCUUACCGACCCGGGACCACCCAGAGAGUGCCUGCUGCUUCCCCAUCUGCCCACAGUAUUAGCGCCACCACCCCGGACCGGACCCGCUUCCCGCGGGGCAGCUCGAGCCGAAGCACCUUCCACGGGGAGCAGCUCCGGGAGCGGCGCAGCGCCGCCUACGCCGGGCCACCCGCCUCACCGUCGCACGAGACGGGGGCCUUUGCGCACGCCCGGCGGGGCACGUCCACGGGCAUCAUCAGCAAGAUUACCUCCAGGUUCGUCCGCAGGGAUCCAAGUGAAGGCGAGGCCAGUGGCAGAACAGACACCUCAAGAAGCACAUCGGGGGAACCAAAAGACAGAGACAAGGAAGAGAGUAAAGACUCCAAGCCACGCUCUUUGCGGUUCACCUGGAGCAUGAAGACCACUAGCUCCAUGGACCCCAAUGACAUGAUGCGAGAGAUCCGCAAAGUGCUGGAUGCCAACAACUGUGACUAUGAACAGAAAGAGAGGUUUUUACUCUUCUGCGUCCACGGAGAUGCCCGACAGGACAGCCUCGUGCAGUGGGAGAUGGAGGUGUGCAAACUGCCGCGGCUGUCCCUGAACGGGGUCCGCUUCAAGCGAAUAUCAGGGACGUCCAUUGCCUUUAAGAACAUUGCAUCUAAAAUAGCAAAUGAGCUCAAACUGUAAAGAAACUCCAACUCGCAGGAUCAGGGAAGAUACAUCCACAUGAGGUACAGUUUUUGAAUGUACUGGGAAUGCCCAAUGUCAUUCACCUGUGAAUCCCCCCAUGUAGAAUUUGCCCUUAAUGCAAUAAGGUUAUACAUAGUUAUGAACUGUAAAAUUAAAGUCACUAUGAACUAUCAUAAAUAUCUGUAGCUAAAAAAAGUAGGUUCACAUGUACAGGUAAGUAUAUUGUGUAUUUCUGUUCAUUUUCUGUUCAUAGAGUUGUAUAAUAAAACAGAUGAUUGCUU